UGUAAAUGUAACAUCUGCCGAGCGACACGCGAGCAAACAAGCCAAUUCGCAUGCUGAAGGACUGAUUUUGUGUUUGUUUUCCCUGUAGCUGAGGAUUAUUUAUACACGUUGACCGUUUCUGAGCGUGAUUUUGUGAAGCCGGGCAAACAAAAAUGUCGGACUUUAUCAUUUUACUGCUAAUUCUGUUUUUGAUCAUCUGUCUGAUCGUGACUCUGGUGGGCUUCGUUUUUUACACCGGUCUUUUCUCGGAAGUCGUGAUUCGGACUGGAUCUCCUCCGGUGAAAAACAUCACGAUUGCAUACAAGUUCUGGAAGAGCUCGUACAAGGCCAGCGGAGCCGCUUUCACGGAGAGCUGCAGCAUCGGACCGAAGCUCUCGUCUGUCGGGGUGUUUUACGAUGACCCCAAUCAGACUCCAGCAGAUCAGUGUCGGUAUGUUGUAGGCAGUAUACUGUGUGAAAAUGAAGAGAAACCCGACGAAGAACUCCAGCGUCUAUAUGAGAAGUUUGGCUACAAGGUGGUGUCCUUCCCAGAGGUCACAUGUGCCGUAACGUCCACGUUUCCAAACAGAUGCACUCUGUCCCCUGUCUGCGGUGCUUACAGAGUCUAUCCUGAACUACAACAGUAUAUAAAGGAGAGGAGUCUAAAUGCGUGCCCAUUCCUGGAGAUAUGCAGAGGAGGUCUGAUCCAUUACAUGUGUCCUCUGGAGAAGCAGGAGGAAUUCUGUGUGCCUGAACUUCUGGAGAAGAAAGCAUCUGAUGACACAGAGGAAACAGUGGAGUGUGAAGAAGCUGAUGUCACAGAGAUGGUGUCAGGCGAGCCAGAGCAGAAGUCCACCUCAGAGACCCCGGAAGUAGUUGAAGAGAGCCGAGAUGCUGUGGAGGCCUCGGCCCCGCUGCUGGAGAGCCCUCAGUCAGCUCUGCCUGAAGAAGAGGCUCGCAGUGAGGAUGGAGAACAGGUGGAGAAAGCAUCCAGUGAUUCUGUAGGCAGCGGCUCCUCCUUUGAAGAACUAGACCUGGAAGUUGAAGAGGAGAAGCAAAGCGAAGCAGACGAAGAAGACCAUAAUGGACAGCAGAAGCCUGUGGUGAUGGGAGAAACAAUGGGCAACAGGGAAGAGUGAGGGAUGAAGUGGAUUAGAGAGAAUGUGGAUGAAUGAUGAGUGCAUGUGUGAGAAAGAGAGAGAAAGGUUGUCUUUGAAAUCGUCAAAGGCUCCCCCCCUUCAUUAAUCUUUGGAAUUAACAUCUCUAAAUAUCCUAAAAGUUACUUCUUUGUUAUCAGCAAACAAGCAAUUAUCCCCUUUAGAAGCUUCUAUUAAAGACUUAAUGAAAUGCACAUUAUAUUUUUCGGCUUUGUAUUUAUUUCCGAGGAAACAAAUUGUUUAUGUUGCUUUAGCGUUUGUUUUUCCACGGUGAUCUGCAUUCAGGCGAGUAAAUCAGGUGCAGAUUGAAGACGAGGAUACACUGUUAAUGCAACUAAAUGAAGCUUAAUCAGAGAUUUGAUUUCAUUAACAUGUCCUACAGAUGAUGUGUUCACUAGUGUUUGCUUUAAAACAUGAUUAGCUCAUUCCAAAUGCUGUCUUUCGCUGUAGACUAGAAGUGGGAGAAGAGUGAGAUUUUUUUUAAAAAGUGCAUGAUGAUAUUAGUGGUUGGAGUGUGCUUAAUAUGAGCUGCUUAUACUAUUUUGUGCAUUUAAUUAAUUAGUAUUGUUUUCUACACUUCUGUACUUUGAGUAUGGGUCACAAAUGAAAGGUUUCAAGCAUCAAAACAAUAAAAGUGUAACAGCUUUA